GCAGAGUUCAGUUUCUCAGGUGCAGCGGUGAGUGUUGGACGUGUCGGUGCGAUCCGUCGCUAGUUGUUUGGCCGGUGAUUGUUGAAUACUCAAACUUCAGCUCAUAUAGUAUUGGUUUCAGUGUUGUGCCGAAUCAUUCCACCAUAUCAACAACACUGCUGAUAUUAAACGCUUAGAACGACCGACGUUGCCCAAAUUGAAAAGUCUAAUAAUCGGCACACAAAAAAGUGUCAGGGCCUGUAUUGCCUCAAAUCCGGUUUCCGCAGAAUAAUACUCUAACUUCACCUGUCGGUGGGUUCGACGGGUUAGUCGCUGUCUACGUGGUCGAGAAAGGCGGACGUGCUAAAUAAUGGCUGGGCCUAAUCCAUUCCAGAAUCUCCAGAAGGAGCUGAAUGUCAAUGGCGAGACAUUCCAGUAUUUUGAUAUCGCAUCCUUCGAAGAAUUCAAGGAGCUGCCCUACAGCAUCCGUGUGCUCCUGGAAUCCGCCGUUCGUAACUGUGACAACUUCCAGAUCCUGGAGAAGGAUGUUCGAGGUAUCCUGAGCUGGAAGGCCACCAAGAGUGUCAAAACCGAUACCGAACUGGAGAUUCCGUUCAAACCGGCGCGUGUUAUCCUGCAGGAUUUCACCGGGGUUCCGGCUGUGGUUGACUUUGCCGCUAUGCGCGACGCGGUGCUCAAGCUGGGCGGAGACCCGGAUAAAAUUAAUCCAAUUUGUCCGUCGGAUCUGGUGAUUGAUCACUCGGUGCAGGUGGACUUUGCUCGCACGCCGGAUGCACUGAACAAGAAUCAAGAUCUGGAAUUCGAGCGUAAUAAGGAACGUUUCACUUUCCUGAAGUGGGGUGCCAAGGCAUUCAACAACAUGUUGAUCAUUCCUCCUGGCUCCGGUAUCGUUCACCAGGUGAAUCUGGAAUAUUUGGCUCGGGUUGUGUUCCAAGACGACAGCAAGUCAAAGGAUGGAGUAAAGAUAUUGUAUCCGGACAGCGUCGUUGGUACUGAUUCGCAUACGACCAUGAUCAACGGAUUGGGAGUCGUCGGUUGGGGCGUUGGUGGAAUUGAAGCCGAAGCUGUGAUGUUGGGACAAGCUAUUUCCAUGUUGCUCCCAGAGGUUAUCGGGUAUAAGCUGGUGGGCAAACUGAAUCCAUUGGUCACUUCGACGGAUUUGGUGCUGACCAUCACUAAGAAUUUGCGACAGAUCGGCGUUGUUGGCAAAUUUGUCGAGUUCUUUGGCUCUGGUGUCAGUGAGUUGUCAAUUGCUGAUCGCGCCACGAUCAGCAACAUGUGUCCGGAAUAUGGAGCUACUGUCGGAUACUUCCCAAUCGAUCAGAACGCUCUGGACUAUCUUCGGCAGACGAACCGCGCUGAUGAUAAGGUUCAAGUAAUUGAAGCUUAUCUUAAAGCUACCAACCAGCUGCGUAACUUCAGUGACGCUUCGCAGGAUCCUGUGUUUACCCAAAUUGUAGAACUAGAUUUGGGAACUGUGGUUACUUCAGUGUCAGGACCGAAGCGUCCACAUGACCGCGUGUCGGUUAGUGAGAUGCAAAAAGAUUUCCGAGAGUGUCUCAUUAACAAGGUUGGAUUCAAGGGGUUUGCAAUUCCAGAAGCCGAACUAUCCACCGAAGGAGCGUUCAGCUGGAAUGAUGGAAAGACAUACUCCCUGCGCCAUGGUUCGGUUGUCAUUGCGGCAAUCACGUCGUGUACCAACACAAGUAACCCAUCGGUGAUGUUGGGUGCUGGUCUAUUGGCCAAGAAGGCUGUGGCUGCAGGACUGAAAGUCGCUCCAUAUAUAAAGACAUCUCUCUCGCCUGGAAGUGGAGUAGUCACCUACUAUCUUAAGGAAUCAGGCGUUGUUCCAGCUUUGGAAGAAUUGGGCUUCCAUGUGGUCGGUUAUGGAUGUAUGACCUGUAUCGGAAACUCCGGCCCGUUGGAUGACAACAUCGCUAACACCAUUGAAAAGAACAACUUGGUCUGUUGCGGCGUUCUCUCUGGCAACCGAAACUUUGAAGGACGUAUCCACCCGAAUACCCGUGCCAACUAUCUUGCUAGUCCAUUGUUGGUAAUUGCAUAUGCCUUAGCAGGCACUGUGGACAUUGAUUUUGAGAAAGAACCCAUCGGAACUGGACCUGAUGGCAGCAAGGUAUUCUUGCGGGAUAUUUGGCCUACGCGUCAGGAGAUCCAAGCCGUCGAGAAGCAGCAUGUUAUUCCUGCUAUGUUCCGUGACGUGUAUGCCAAGGUAGAGCUGGGAUCAUCAUCUUGGCAGGAAUUAAAUGCUCCAACUGGCAAACUUUAUCCGUGGGACGACGUUUCGACCUACAUCAAGCAUCCGCCGUUCUUCGAGGGAAUGACUCGUGAUUUGCCCAAGCUGGGAAAUAUCGUGAACGCUCGUGCGCUCCUAAAUUUGGGCGACUCUGUAACAACUGAUCACAUAUCUCCGGCUGGUUCCAUUGCUCGCAAUAGUCCGGCUGCACGCUACCUCUCAAAUCGAGGCUUAACUCCACGUGAAUUCAAUUCGUACGGUUCUCGUCGCGGAAAUGAUGCUGUGAUGGCUCGCGGUACAUUUGCUAACAUUCGACUGGUCAACAAGCUCGUUCCCAGCCCUGGACCACGCACCCUGCAUAUUCCCAGUGGAGAAGAAAUGGAUAUUUUUGACUGUGCCGAGCGAUACGUCCAAGAGGGGACUGCAUUGAUUGCCGUCGUUGGUAAGGAUUACGGCAGCGGAUCGAGUCGCGAUUGGGCCGCCAAGGGACCAUAUCUGCUAGGAAUCAAAGCAGUUAUUGCCGAAUCGUAUGAACGUAUCCAUCGGUCGAAUCUGGUGGGUAUGGGAAUCGUACCGCUUCAGUACCUGGAGGGUCAAAACGCAGAAAGCGUUGGUUUGACCGGCAAGGAACUGUUCAGCAUUGCAUUCCCGGAGAACUUGAAGCCACACGAUAAGAUCACGGUGGAAACCGACACCGGUAUCAAGUUCCAGGUGAUUGUACGGUUCGAUACCGAGGUGGAUCUGGAGUACUACCGUAAUGGAGGAAUUCUGAACUACAUGAUUAGGAAGAUGAUUUCCUAAGGAAAUGAUUGACUGUAAAGUGUUGUUAACGUGGAACGUUAUGAUAUUCCUUAUAAAAGUGCUCUGAUUAGGGUGAACUUAUUGUGAACAAAUACAGUGGGAUUAUUGAUAUACAUGUUUUUAAAACUCUAAAUAAAAAACUUUCAUACACAUA